CAUGUCUGAUAAAUGUCUCCCCAGUAUUUUAUCAUCUCAAUUCUCAAGGGGCCAAGAAUGGGUUAGGAAAUGAAUACAUAAUCAAAGAAUUGGGAAUAACAAUAUGCCCUUUUGCCUCUUGAAAAAGCAUGUGAUAAAAAGUCUCGAAAUGGAACAAAUUCAAUCCCUUGUUUCAUGGGGAAUCAUAUUCCAUUCACCAAUUUCUUAUGGUUUUAUUGGCUUGUUGUUGCCCUCAAUCACUGCUUCUGUUUGGAAAGAGCACCAACCCAUGAAAAGGGCAAGUCCUCAUAAAUAUACUCCAUAGUCUUUCAUUCUUCAGCCUUAGUUUUGCCUUUUCUUCUACUUCAACUUCUGUCUUCUACUUCAGUUUGGUUCUUCAGCUCUUGAGAGGUUUAAAAGAUGCAUGACUGGGCAGCACCUCUAAUAGCAGCAGCUUUGUUUGCAUUCCUGCAACCUGGAUUGCUGCUUCAGAUCCCUGGGAAGCAUAGGCCAGUGGAUUUCUUGAACAUGAAGACAAGUUUCCCUUCCAUGUUUGUUCACUGGCUCAUCUAUGGUCUGCUGCUCAUCUUGUUCCUUGUUGUUCUCAAUGCUCACCUCUAUGCCUAAGAUAGUAGUAAUAGUGGUAGUAGUCAUAUAGAGAAGAAGAUGUUCCAGCUCCCCUUGAUUUUGUUGAAGGAUUUUGGAUUCUUGUAUUGGUGUUAUUUCUUUGCUCUUUAUGCCUUGUAAGUUUAUGUCCCGUAACUCUUGUCAAGCAUAUGGAACAAUCUUUUACGGAGUAGAUUUGUAGACUAGCGAUACUCGAGAGACUCUUGAAAAUAUGUGUUUGAAUGGAUUCGAUCCAAGUUCAAUUCUCAUAAUUCUUAUAUAGCAUAGAGUUCCAUUGAUGGAACAAUUGACAAUCUUUUACAUGCUCAAAUGAACUGAUCAUUCAUCGAGCUUUUUAAUUAGAAUUCAAACAUUGAUUGAUUUGGUUUUGGUUGUCAAACUUGAUCAUAUCCGUCCUCUCCUUCUUACUUAGUGUGGGAGUGCAUCGAUCUAACUUUAAUUCUCUUAACUUCCUAGCAUAAAAUCCUAUACUAUAGGAUUGAAAUGAAUUGAUACCAUAAUUGGUAAAGAUUGAAACAAUUAUCUCAACAACCACCAAAUGUACACACUUCACACUAUGUUCAAGAGUUACAAUCCAGAGCAUCAUUCCUUUUAACUUACAAUUCUCAAUUCUGGUAUACAAACAAAAACUUUGACUUGCACCAAACGAAAAGAAAACACAUCAGAAAAUGCCAAUGAGUAAAAGGGGUUUCUAUCUUCCCCAUUUCAGUCUGUAAUGAAUGAAGCCAAAACAACAUUAAUGAGAAGGUUUUAGCUUAAUCAAGUGAUUAAGCACCUACAUACAUAUGGAUACUAGCAGCCAGCAAGAAAAUGCACAUAAAACAGAAGUAAAGAACGGCAUGAACCAGAACUGAAGCCCCACUGGUCUGGAAGUUGCUGAACUCCACGUAUCUGGCAUUGCCAGGGAGCUGGAUCAGCAAGCCUGGUGUUAGGAUUAUGAACAGCAUCACUGCAAUGAACACUGGCCCCCAGUCUAUCAUUUUUUCCAUUCCCUUUGCCUUUCCUUUUGUAGAAUUUUCUUGUGUCCUUCUUCUUCUGGUAUUGAGUUUCCCUCUGUUCACUUUCUCUAGGAUGAAGUUAUGUGGGGGUUUAUAAAUGGGUUGAGAAAGUUUGGUUUAUUAGAGGAUGAUGAUGAGACUCAUAAGAGAUGAGACAAAGAUUGAAGGUUAGGGAAAGGGAAAGGGAAAGGGAAAGGGGAAAAGAGGAAAGAAAGGUGAGGGUAUCAAGCAAUUGUGUUUCAUACUUUUUUUCUGUACCACCUUAUGAAAUGCUCAAAAGCACAUGCACUACUAUGGGUCCAAACUUCAUAAUGUUAAUGAAAUGCUGAUAAAGAU